AUAUUAUUAGAAAUAUUUUCUAUAGAAAUAUACAAGAUUAUUAUUAUCCCAAAUUUUAAUCUUUAUAUUUUAUACUACUAUAAUCUUUACUAGCAUAAAGAUUGUGGUAGACUCCGGCGUUGUUCGUGUGUCAAAGUUGGAGACCGGACGCUUGAACGGUUACGUUUGCACUUUCAACGCUCUUCCUACAACUUCUUCGUUUUUACCGCUUACGGAGAAAGUCAUAAAUUUCUUACUACUAUAUGUUUUAGUGCGUGAUUCUGGGCAAGAUAAUCAUCCAUGAAGAGUGAGUGGUAUGUAUGUGUGGUUUUCAACACACCACCAAGGUAGAGAGAGAGAAACAUGGGAGGGUUCUACACAACAAUACCACCGGGAAAAUCCAAGGGGUCUUGGUGAGCGUGGAUGAGUGUACGAAGUAACUGCGUGCAGGAUUGCCACAUGCAUCGAAUCCAUAGGAUCCGAGUGAUGAUCCGCGUGUUCUUGCCAAUCUGGAAUCUCCACCGUUCAUAACUAACAAUCCAACGGUCUUAAACCACUUGCGGAAACCUCAAAUUUCAAAAUUUUCCCCAAUUUUGAAAUCCGCCAAAACUUUCCCUCCCAAUUUUUUCAUUCCUCCGCCCCCUCUCUAAUCUCUAUAAAUCACAACGAGAACGAUAGCCAAAGUCAUAACCCUUCCCGCUUUGGUGAGAACACUCCAGAUCUGUAAAUCCCUAAUCGCCGCAGAAAUGGCCCGCACCAAGCAAACAGCCAGGAAAUCCACCGGAGGCAAGGCUCCGAGGAAGCAGCUCGCCACCAAGGCCGCCAGGAAGUCCGCCCCCGCCACCGGCGGAGUGAAGAAGCCGCACCGAUUCCGGCCCGGAACAGUCGCUCUGCGUGAGAUCCGCAAGUACCAGAAGAGCACGGAGCUGUUGAUCCGCAAGCUGCCGUUCCAGAGGCUGGUGAGGGAGAUCGCCCAGGACUUCAAGACGGAUCUCCGGUUCCAGAGCAGCGCUGUUUCCGCGUUGCAGGAGGCUGCGGAGGCUUACCUUGUCGGGCUGUUUGAGGACACGAACAUCUGCGCGAUUCACGCCAAGAGGGUUACGAUUAUGCCCAAAGAUAUGCAGCUUGCCAGGAGGAUCAGAGGCGAAAGAGCUUAAUUGGUUAAUUUUCUCUCUCUCUCUCUCUAGCAGUUUAGAUUAUCCAUCAAUCAAUGUUUAGCCGGUAGUAUUAUUGUCUUACAUUGUUGUUCGCCUAUUGUCUUUGUUGUGUUGCUUGUUUUGGUUUGAAGAAAUUAAGGUAGUGUUUGGCA